AGAGAGCAUCGAUUUGGUUGGAUUCGCUUUCUCUGCGAUGGUGGCCGCCGCAUCUGCACGCUGCUGCCUGCUUGCAAACCCCAUCGUCCACCACAGCCGCCCCGCCGCGUCCGCGCUCCGCCUCCCGCGACGAACCAGGCCGCCACUCUCCUCCUCCUCCUCGCGCUCCUGCUCGACCUCCGCGUCGCCGCUCGUCACCGUUGCAUCCAUGGACGCGCCGCCGGAGGGCUACCGCACCAACGUCGGCAUCUGCCUCGCCAACCCCUCCCUCACCAAGAUUUUCUCGGCUUCUAGGAUCGACAUUCCUAGCGCGUGGCAGAUGCCCCAGGGCGGUAUAGAUGCAGGGGAAGAACCAAGAGCAGCUGCUGUUAGGGAGUUGAGAGAAGAGACUGGCGUCACAUCCGCAGAGAUCGUGGCUGAGGCUCCUAACUGGUUGACAUAUGAUUUCCCACCGGAUGUGAGAGCAAAACUGAAUGCUAGGUGGGGAACAAAUUGGAAAGGCCAGGCUCAGAAAUGGUUUUUGUUUAGAUUUACUGGAAAUGAUGAUGAGAUCAACCUCAAUGGUGAUGGAUCUGAGAAGCCAGAGUUUGGUGAAUGGACAUGGAUGAUGCCCCAGGAAGUUAUUGAAAAGGCAGUUGAUUUCAAAAAACCUGUAUAUGAGGAAGCACUGAAACACUUUGCGCCGCAUCUACAGUCAGAACCAACUGUUUCGUCGUAGAUCUGACCAGUUUGCAUAUAUUUAUUUUUGUGUGGAACUACCUUUUAUAUCCGGAACCCAAUAAUUUCUCAUGAAGUGAUGGAGGUAUGCUACUAUUUGGUAAUGGAUGACCUAUAUAUUUAGUUAUCAUGUGAGCAUUGGAUCCUCAUCUUUUCAGUCAUACAAUAAGUCGUGUAAACUGUUACGAUAAUUAUCUAGUUUAGUUUUUGCCAGUUUGGAACAUGUUAGCCAGUGUUUCUUGAAGCCUUUGUCAUUGCCAAUUAACUCAAUGCAUUGGGAGCACAGUGUUGAGCUA